AUGAACCCGGCACUCGGUUCCGACACGCCUCCUCCCCCGCCUCCGAAGCCCAGCAGCCACGAGGCCAGUCGAAGAGGCACACCCCAACUCAACUCACCUUUGCCCGGCACCCCGCAGCAGCUACACAGAGCGUAUAAUCAACAGGAAAGAAUGGACAUGUUUUCAGGGAACAGAUAUUCCUCACCAGGGGUUCCUCCGAGCUCCCAGAAUGUGCUGCCCCAACCACCUCCUGUCGAAGAAGGUUGGCUACCGAGUAGUGUCAAGGACAAGAGUACUGUGGAUUUGCAAACCGUUCUCAAAGACCCGAACCUCAUCUCCGCGCUGUCGAGCCAGCAUCCAUCCUACACGGCGCACCAGCAGCAUCUGGAAUCCCUCCUGAAAUAUAAUAAAGACCUGGCAAACCGUCUUCUCGAGCUUCAGUCGCAGAUGUCGGAGCUACGGUCCUCGACGGAGACCCUUCUCCUGACCCAUCAGUCGCUCGAGGUUUCCUGGCGGAAGAAGCAAUCCGAGAUGGAUGCUGCCCUGGCCCCGUGGUCGCCCAAGGCGCUGUACCAGAGGCUGGCGGCUUCGAUAUCGGAGCAGGAGGCUGUUUGUCGAGCGGUGGAGGAAAGUUUCCUAGAGGGGGAACACCAUGGCCGGGCGUCGGAGAAGGAGGUCGCGGACUGGGUUCGACGGGUCAGGGCGGAGUCGGCCAAGUUGGCCGCGAGGAGGGAGGCGAAAGCUAGGUGGGAUGAGGGACGGGUAGGAGGUUGGAGGUGA